GAGAGAGAAUAUAUUAAUGCAUGAAUCCAAAUCGAAAUCCACCGCUAUGCGCGUCUCUCUCAUCAGUCACAGCUCAGAGCAAGAGCACACUGCACAGAUCUGAGUGGUGACUGAAGGGAUCUUUCUUUCAUUCUCAUCACCAUUCUUAGCUAAGGGCUGAAGGCUCAUACAUUGCCAUUAUCAUGUCAAGGAGGCCAGUAAAUCCUGCACGGCGGUUAGCUGAUGGUGGAAGUUUACCGUUUGUGGCAUCUAUCCAGUCUAAAUCUCAAAACUCUCCCCUACUAUCUAUUGGGCUUGUUAUCGUGGGUGCAAUCCUCCUCAUUGGUUAUUGUUACAGCAGUUCAGGUGGAGCUAGCAAUGAUAUCAAGGAUGUAAGCAAACUUGAAGCUGGUGCAUCAUGCUCAUUGGAAGUCCUUCAGGCAUUGCCCAUUUUGAAGAAAGCAUAUGGAGACAGCAUGCACAAGGUUUUGCAUGUUGGCCCUGACUCUUGUUCUGUGGUAUCUAGUUUGUUUAAUGAAGAGGAUACUGAGGCUUGGGGAAUAGAACCGUAUGAGUUAGAUGAUGUUGGUGCAAAGUGUAAAAGUCUUGUGCGCAAGGGCAUUGUGCGUGUGGCUGAUUUAAAGUUUCCUCUACCCUAUCGGGCAAAGUCAUUUUCUCUGGUCAUUGUGUCAGAUGCAUUGGAUUACUUAUCUCCAAGAUACUUGAAUAAAACCCUGCCAGAGUUGGUGAGGGUAUCUGCUGAUGGUGUUGUUAUCUUCUCAGGUUAUCCAGGUCAGCAGAGAGCUAGAGGUGGAGAAGUAGCCAAAUUUGGUCGUCCAGCCAAAUUGCGCAGCUCAUCUUGGUGGAUAAGGUUUUUCCUUCAGACAAGUUUAGAAGAAAAUGAAACUGCUGGAAAGAAGUUUGAACAGGCUUCAGCCAAGAAGGCAUACAAGCCAGCAUGCCAAGUUUUUCACCUCAAAUCAUACCCUUGAAACUUUCACCGUCUUGUUUUCAUACUCCAUUUAAAUUAUUUAAUGGUUAGAAGCCUUGCUGAUGAGAUAGGCAUCUUGAGCACCCGAAGGGUAAAGUUCCAUACAAACUGUUGAAAUUAUAGUUCCAUCGUGAUGACAUAUUUUAGAUUCAACUAUUAUGUAUUUUAUUGACAAUAUUGUAAACUAUUUUUGUCUUGAUAGUGUUCCACAUGUUUUGCUUUCACAACUGCUCUUUGUUUCUUUGGUAAAGUAUUUACCAUUUAGAAUACUUACAAAUUUGA